AUGAAGCUCCUGAUACUGGCUUGUGUGCUGGCAGUCACUGCGGACGCCGCUCCUCAGGGAUACAACCAAGCCGCGCCCACUGGUCAAGCAUUCUCUGCAGGUUCAGGGUUCUCCGGUGGCUCAUCAUAUGGAUCUGGUCACUCAUCAGGGGGAUCAGGAUUCUCGGGUGGUUCAGGGUUCUCCUCUGGUGGGUCUGGCUACUCCGGAGGCGGCUGUGGUUCCGGACAGAUUCGGCAUGUGGACGGCAGCUGUGUGACUCCUCAGAUCACUCGUAACUUGUAUGUGUACAACGUGCCUGAAACUGCUCCCGUAGUUGGUCCACGCCCAUACCUUCCACCACCAAGAGUUGAGCACAACAUUGUGUUCAUCCGCACCCCGGAGAACGGUCCAGGACAGGAGCCCAUUGUCAUACCACCACCUCAACAGAAAAAUAUAUUGUAUGUCCUCAAUAAGCGACCCUUGAACGAUCAGAAGGUCAUCCACGUACCAGCACCAGAACAAGAAAGUCCUCAAGUGUUCUUCGUCAAUUAUGGAGAAGGAGACAACCCGACGCUGCCUACCGGUGGCGACCUGCAGUCUGCCCUCAGCUCUGCUGCCCAAGGUGAUGGUGACGUCAUUAGUGGCAGUGAUGGAGGAUUUGUUGGAGGCGCUGGCUUUGCAAGCGGUGGUGGCGGCACUGGCUAUGCAAGCGGUGGUGGCGGCACUGGCUAUGCAAGCGGUGGUGGCGGCACUGGCUAUGCAAGCGGUGGUGGCGGCGCUGGCUUUGCAAGCGGUGGUGGCGGCGCUGGCUUUGCAAGCGGUGGUGGCGGCACUGGCUAUGCAAGCGGUGGUGGCGGCGCUGGCUUUGCAAGCGGUGGUGGCGGCGCUGGCUUUGCAAGCGGUGGUGGCGGCGCUGGCUUUGCAAGCGGUGGUGGCGGCACUGGCUAUGCAAGCGGUUUUGGCGGCGCUGACUAUGCAAGCAGUGGUGGCGGCGUUGGCUAUGCAAGCGGUGGUGACGGAGGUGGAUUUGCGAUUGGCGGAGGAGACUUUGCCAGCAAUGGCAAUGGAUUUGGUAGCGGUGGUAGAGGAGGCGGUUUUGUGAGUGGUGGAGGCAAUGCCGGAGGCGAAUAUUCGGCUCCCUCUGUUGCACAGCCGUCAACACAGUAUUCACAGCCUUAAUGUCAGAUUUUCUAGUAGGUUUGUGAUGAUGUGGAUGUAUAUGUAGCUAUCUAAUGUUCAUUUUAUUAACACUGACUACUAUACAUAC